AUGGAUCAAAUGUAUGGCUUCCACUCGACAUCCGAUUACACAAUUCCACCGGAAAACAACCUGAUUCUUCCAUCGGAGCACCACGGAUUUCAUCCACCCGUCUAUCUCAACUGGCCGUUUUACGGAUCCGAUGAUUUGUUAUCUGCUGCUGCCUCAGUCAUAACGGAUGCGGUUUCGAUUGAGACUACUCCUCAUCAGAUUAUUCUUCCGAAACGUCGAACCAAUCGACAACAUGAUCUUCAAGCAAAAAAUAACGGAGAUAACGAUGAUGAUACUUCUCGCGAUAAAAUCAAGCACAAAAUCGCGUCUCAUCCUUCCUACUCUAAGUUGCUCGAUGCUUAUAUUGAUUGCCACAAGGUAGGAGCGCCACCGGAAAUCGCGUGUUUGUUGGAUGAUAUCCGUCUCGAAAAUGGCGCUCGUAAACGAAACGCAACCGCUUCCACUUGCUUAGGAGUCGAUCCCGAGCUCGACGAAUUCAUGGAAACCUACUGCCAUCUACUGGUGAAAUAUAAAUCCGAUCUCGCAAGGCCUUUUGAUGAAGCUACAGUUUUCAUCCGCAACAUCAAAACGCAACUCCGCAAUCUCUGCAAAGAUGUUUGUACAUUUUCAUCUGAAGAAGAUUUAAACGGAGGAGAGACAGAUAGUACACUGAUGAGCCAGGAGCUGAAAGACACACUCAUACGUAAAUUUGGAGGUCGUAUAAGUUCCCUCAAACAAGAGUUUAAUAAGAAGAAAAAGAAAGGAAAGCUUCCAAAUGAGGCAAGACAAACAUUACUUGAUUGGUGGAAUUCACAUAUUAAAUGGCCUUACCCUACAGAAGGUGAUAAGAUAUCCUUGGCGGAAACAACAGGAUUAGAUCCGAAGCAAAUCAACAACUGGUUUAUAAAUCAAAGGAAGCGGCAUUGGAAACCAUCGGAAAGCAUGCAGCUGGCUGCAAUCGGUGGUCUUGCUGGGCAGUAUACUUAA